AGCUGUUCUUUUCUUGAUUUUCUCAAUACUCCGUCUGCACAGAUGUCGACCACGCGCAGACUCGCCUCUCUGCAUUGCCUGCGGUGGGUGGAGUCGCACGAGGCACACCGUCGUCUAUUGCGUGUCUUUACCACCUCCCCUCCCCAUCCCUACGUCCGCCCAGUUCCCUUGCAGACCGGCGAGGUGGUCACCCGCGUCGCGCCCAGUCAGCGCAUACCUGGGCUGCGUGGCGUGUAUCUGACGAAGGCGGUGAAGAAGUUUCAUCCCAUUGAGGUGCUGCCCACCGCGGCCGCGGCCACGGCCACUGCCUUGACGUCUUCCGCUUCUGCAUCUCAAGGACCGUACGCAAGCAGCUGCUCGUCUUCUAGCUCAACCCGCGCAGCAGCCGUGGAGGACACCACAACGUUGGGGAGUGGCCGCCCUGCUGACGCGGUCACGCUGGCGCCGCCGCUGGUGUUAAACCUCGCCUUUGCACCCCGCCAUCACAUCUCCCUUCGUCGCUUUCUGGCUCUACGACACAUGUUCAGCUCGUCCGCCUACUUACAGGUCGCAACGGAGCGCGGGUGGUACCUCAUCGAACCAAGUUCUGCCGCGCCGCUCUGCGCGGACCUCGCGGGACUGCAGAGGUGGGUUCGUGUGCACCAUCGCCGCUAUCUUGAGCACCGCUCUGCUUCUUCUUCCUCCUCCUGUUUCGUCCACAAAGAUAAAAUAAAAACCGGUAAAGGAAGUGUUGCGGCCGUCGAACAGGCGCGUGUGUCGUCGCCGAAGGACGCCCGACGUGCGGAGCUGGCCACAUGGGAGGCUGCUCUGGAUAACGGUGCGGAGCUGACGGCGGCGCAGCUGCGUGCCUUGGCGGACAAGGAAAGGAAGGCCAGUGCGGAACAGGAGAACGAAGACGGUAAUGAUGAUGAUGAUGACACGGGAGACGAUGAGCUUGGCGGCGACGGUUCCGCUAACGUCCACGGCUCUUCUGCCCUCCAGGAAGAGGAAUCGCACGCGGCAGCUGGCGAUGCCGCUUUCGGAAGCGCGACAGCGACAACAAGGGCAGCGGCCGCCUCCGCACCGCAACUCAAGAUCGUCCCCCCUCUCAUCACGGAGGCCCACCUUUUUGAGAUUAACGACGGCGUCGUGUGGGAGUUGCCGGCGUCCGAUGACCUGGCCAACCACGACUACUGGAAAGAUCACCGUCAGCGCAUGACCCUGUACGAGAGCACCGGCGACGCCGACGCAGCAGAGCAGCGAGAGGCGCUGCUGCGCACCAUUCGCAGCGAUCCACGAGCGCAGACGUGCACCGAGCAGCAGUUAUACGCCGCCGCGGAGGCUCUCUUUCAAACGCUGAAGCAGAAGGCCAACGUGAAGCUCAGCGUCGAUGACGAGAGCGGGCUGCUGAGUCUUGUGCCGCUGGUGGACUUGGCGGCAGGCGAGGAGCUGUUCCUCCACUACGGCCGUGAGUGGUGGACGGGCCGCCUUUUAUCGUCGUUGCUGCUGGCCGUGUCGGACGAAGAAAUGCCACGUAUUCGCUGGAUUGAGCAGCUCUUUGGGCACUCAACGGACCGAAACGAGCGCUUCCCUUUGUUGAUCCCGGCGCAUAAGCAGCGCAGGUACACGAAGAACGCGGCGGCGCCACCGCCAAGCGCACGCCGAAGCAAAAGGCACAACCGUGGUGCAAACAAGGAUCACACUCGCGAUGGUGGGGAAGUUGAAGCCGCUGUCGACGACAACUCUCGUGCCUCGUGCGCCUCCUCCUCCUCCGCUCCUGCAAUCCAACACGGCCCUCUCGUGCUGUACAACACCGUUACACGCGGCAAGGCGACGGAUGCGGCGGUGCUGGCCUAUGCAAUUCGCCGCAGCUGUGUGGAGCAGGCCUUCUUUGACCGACUUGUGCUGGGCGACCCUGCGCGAGGCGUACCGCCCGUCUUUCGCGCGUCGGCGCCGGAUGCGGAGGUGCCGAUGCGGGUGGUACGGAAAGCGCUGCUGGCAUCCCUACGUGGGGUGCGGGAGGGAGGAGGAGGAGAGGCGUUGGCGGCGGGGCUGAGCGGUGGUGCGGGGGACUCGGCCGCUGCGAAGCUGCCGGAAAGAGACGCAGUGAGUGGCCAGAGGAGCCGCCUCAGCGAGCACGACGAGGACGAUGGCAAUGACGUCUUCAGUGUUUGA